AUGGAGAUAGCAACACUGUGUGCUGUUAUUGCUUCACUCAGAGUCGUUCCAAACAGAUCCCAGUUCUUCCAGUAUGAGUCCGUCUCCAUGAGCUGUGGAGAGCAGGAAAAUUCUUCUGAGUGGAGAGUUAAGAGGAACACGUCCUUAUACAUAAACACAACAUGUCCCUCAUCCUCAAAUGGAAUAGAUGAAUCUCACUGCAACAUCAGUGACCUUUACCCAACAGACAGUGGAGUUUACUGGUGUGAGUCUGCAGCAGGAGAGUGUUUUGGUGCUGUCACCAUCACUGUGGCAGCUGGUUCUGUGAUCCUGGAAAGUCCUGCCCAUCCUGUGAUGGAGGGAGACACUGUAACUCUGCACUGUAGAAACAAUACAGACUCAUCCUCCAAUUUCACUGCUACAUUCUAUAAAAAUGAUGAUCUCAUUGGGAGCAGCUCUACAGGAAACCUGACCAUCCACACGGUUUCCAAAUCAGAUGAAGGACUCUACAGGUGUAACAUCUCUGGAGUUGGAGAAUCACCAGACAGCCAGCUGGUGAUUGUUUCUGCAGCAGGGAGUCCUGACUCGCCGCCUGAUUCUCCCCCCCGAGUGAUUCUUCCUGUGGUGGGUGUCUGCCUCAUGCUGAUUUUGCUGAUGCUGCUCUGCCUCUGGAGGAGCCACAAAGAUAAAGUGAACCCUGCUGUCUCGUACUCUGACAUUACCAUCACACAGGAAGUGAAACCUCGUACUUUUAGAGAUCUGGACUCUGAGGCGUCCUUCUACUCAACACUCAGUCUGGCAAACAUGUGCCAGGAAGCACCUAAAAACUCCAGAUUAAGUGUUUAA